AAAAUCCAUAUGCAUAUGCAUAUGCAUAUGCACACGUAACGCGGCUAUAUCUAGCCUUCUUAUAUUAAGGAGGUUCGUAGUAUCCAUCUUUGUCGAUCGAGCUAGAGCCAACAACGAUCAGCUCCAUUCUGCUUCUGCUUUAUUUCUACCUUGCUAAUUUUAUUAGGAUAGUAAUUAAGCUUGCUUAAUUAUUCGUUCUACCAGGAUGUUCAGAUCAACAGCGCAACGCCUCCUCAGGGAGACGAAGAGAGUGGUUGGCCCAAGGAUGACGACGAUGACGUCGACUUCGCCUGAAAGUCUAAUCGCCGGUGGAUUCUCCACGGCGGCGAGCUCCCACCAGAGGUUGGCCGGCAAGGUGGCCGUCAUCACCGGCGCCGCCAGCGGCAUCGGCAAGGCGACCGCCGCGGAGUUCAUCAGGAACGGCGCCAAGGUGAUCAUCACCGACGUCAACGACGACCUCGGCCACGCCGCGGCGGCGGAGCUCGGCCCGGACGCCACGUACGCGCGCUGCGACGUCGCCGACGAGGCGCAGGUCGCCGCCGCCGUCGACCUCGCCGUGGCGCGCCACGGCCGCCUCGACGUCAUGCACAACAACGCCGCCAUCCCGGGGAGGUUCCCGCAGGACGACAUGGCGUCCGUCGACCUCGCCGACUUCGACGCCAUGAUGGCGGUGAACGCCCGCGCGUCGCUCGCCGGCAUCAAGCACGCCGCGCGCGUCAUGGCGCCCCGCCGCGCCGGCGUCAUCCUCUGCACGGCCAGCGCCGUCGGCGUCCUCCCGCUCCCGGCGGUCGCCACGCACUCCAUCACCAAGGCCACCAUCAUCGCCAUCGUGCGCGCAGCGGCGGAGCCCCUGGCGCGCCACGGCCUGCGGGUGAACGCCAUCUCGCCGGGCGCCGUCAGGACGCCGGUCCUGCAGGGCAAGGUGUCGGUGAUGUCGGCGUCGUCUCCUACCAUGAGCGACGAGCUGAAGCAGAUGAUCGACGUCGACGCGAACGACAUGAUGAUGGGGCCGGAGGAGGUGGCCAUGGCGGCGGUGUACCUCGCCUCCGACGAGGCCAGGUACGUGACCGGCCACAACCUCGUCGUCGACGGCGGGUACACCGUGCACAAAGGAGCUGACACACCGGCGGCGCGUUGAACGCAGCCAGACAUAUCUAAAAUAAAUCAACUUAGUACGAAAUAUAGUAUAUCUAGAUUCGUAGUAUCAAAAUGUGUCAUAAGUUUAUUUUAGAAUUGAGUAAUUAAGUAGCUAGCAUGAGGUGUCCUCCAUGCAUAAGUACCCAACCUCAUCAUUGUUGGAAUAAAGGAUAGGGUGUGAAAAAAUUCUACGAGAUCAGAUUUAAGUUUAGACAUAUUUCUCAAAACAACCGCGUAUGUACAUGUUUUAUAAUUAAUUAAUUCCCAUAGAAAAUAUAGUGGCAUUA